ACUUUGCAGUUCAUUCGCCUCUAAAUACCUGUCAUUUAGUUAAAUAAAGCGUGCUUCCAUCGUUUAAUCAUUUUCUUGUUUUCAAUCCGGAGGUUUACACGUGCAUUGUUAAUUUAUUUGGUAUUAUUCUCAAUAGUGCAGAACAGAUCAAGAUGACCGAAGCGGAAACUAAAGUUGCUUCCACCGAGGAGCCUGUUAAAACCGAGGAAUCUACGGUUGCUGCCGAGGAAACAUCUCAGCCCGAGAAUGUGUCCAAACUGGAGGCAUCUAUAAUACGCCAGCUGGAAUAUUAUUUCGGAGACGCUAAUCUAGCCCGCGAUAAGUUUCUACUUGAGCAGACUACGAAGGAUGACGGCUGGGUGACUCUUGAGGUGCUGCUCACGUUCAAACGGCUAAAAGCAUUGAGCGAGGACAAAAAGGUUAUAGUCGAUGCGAUCGAGAAAUCAGACGAAGGACUCAUUGAGAUAAGUGAGGAUCGUGAAAAGUUACGUCGGCAUCCAGAGAGACCAAUCCCGGAACAGAACGAAGAAACACGAAAGGAGAUUUAUGCACGUACGGUUUACGUGAAGGGAUUUGCGGCGCAGGACGGCACCCAAAUGAGCGAGUUGAUUGAAUUCUUCGAGCCGUUCGAGAAUGUCACGAACAUUGUUAUGAGAAAAUAUCACGACAAGGCGACCAAAAAAUACUUGUUCAAGGGAAGCGUUUUCGUUACUUUUGCGACUAAAGAACAAUGUGCAGAAUUUUUACUGAAGGAUAAACUUGAGUAUAAGGGAAAGGUGUUGAUUCGUAAGAUGCAGGACGAUUAUUUCGAGGAAAAGAAGACUGAGCGUAAGAAGAAAGAUAAAAAGAAGGAAGAGGACAAGUUGGACAUCACUCAUCUGCCCAAAGGAGCUUGUGUCCAUCUGGAUGGUUUCGGAAAGGAAACUACCUUCGGUACAAUCAAAGAUACCAUCCAUAAGUUGGAUGAAAGUCUCGAAGUGGCAUACAUCGAUUACCAGAAAUCCGACAGCAGUGGUGUUGUGCGUUUUGUUGCUGAAAAUGUGGGCAAGAAAUUUAUUGAAAAGUUGACGGAUAGUAAAAUUAAAAUUGACGAUGAGGACAUCACAGCACGACUGCUGGAAGGAGAUGAGGAGACAGAAUUUCUCCGCAAGGUAGUGAAGGAACAGCAAGCGCGGCGAACUUUUAAUAACGCCCGUAAUAGAGGACGACACCAGAAGGGCGGCAAACACAAUAAGAACAGCAACAACAGCGGUGGGAAAAAGCGAAAAACUGAAGAAGCGAGCGGAGACGAACCAGCCAACAAAAAAACCGCACCGAAAGCGGAUGCUUAAAAAUCGACUCUAUUGAUUCGAUAGGUGAAUAAAUUUUGAACGGAACAUGGAGGGAAACCGACGUUAUGUUUCGUAAAGAUAAAUUGUCAUUUAAGGCGAUUCGUAGUUUAUUAUUCCAUACAGCUAUAUUGCUCCAUUGAAAAAUGGAAACAUUCUCAAAUCAGAACAGAAAGUUGGGUUCUUCCCAUGUAACGUUACUGUUAAGAGUAUGUAUUUUUCCGCUCGUUCGUGGCUUGCGGGGCCCUAAAUUAGGUUUUUAAUAUUAGUUGACCUCAUCAGCAUCCCCGGAAUGAUACGAUGCAUUUAAAAUGUGGAGUAGAAAUUUGAACAUUUUGAUUCUUUUUCACAUUAUGAAUGGAGUAUAAUAAUUACAACUACAAUAAAAUUUGUAAUUUAAGACAA